GUGCAGAUACCAGCGCACUGCCGUUGACUUACGCUGAUGUUGGUGAAUCAUGUCAACAUGAGACAGCUGGACAGGAUUUCAUUGAUGCACAAGGUGGAAAACUGGACAUACGUGACACAAGACUUGCAACUGUUGACCUUGGCAAUGGAGUGAUUUUGCGUGAACGUUUCAUUAUUGCAAACAUCAGUUGUCCUUUGCUUGCACUUGGUCACAUAGUUCGAGCAGGCUGGGAGAUUCAGCAUUUCAGUGAUGGAGUUUUUCUUGUGAAGAAUGGCAAGUUUGUCAACGUGAGCUUCAAGCGCAACUCACUUUGUGUGAAAGGUUCCAUUCGAAUGAUCUCUGAGGACGAUGGUUUGAGUCCAACUUCAACAGCUCCAGGACCAAAGGCCUUGAGAGCAAUCCAUUUGCAGCCAGUGUUGAGACGUUUGCUCCCUGGAUGGAACAAAGUGAAUCCACAGGUCUAUGCAUUGACCACUCGACGUGCAAGGUUUGUGGAUACUACACUUUGCCCUGGAGGUGAGAUGAUGUGGUACAGAACAACGUUGGUGUUUCGAGAUGCUCAAGGUUGGGAGUUGCUUGAAUUUGGAGAACCAAUUUCAGAAUUGGAAGACUUGGAAGGUGAGAUUUAUGACCCAGAAUCUGUGGUGGAAGUUCUCACAAUUGCGCAUGCCCACAACGUUGCUUCAGAACAGCUUGGUUUUGCUUUGGUAGAUGGAGAACAGGCACCCCAUUUUGACGCAGACGUCUUGGUUGGAGAACCUGGUGAUGGUGACACAGGUGAACAGGAACAUGCCCCACAACCUGUGCAAGAGGUCCCAGCUGAAUUGCCUGAUGCAGAGCCGUUGGAUGAGGAACGCGUUGUGCCAUUUGCAGAUGAGAGUACAGUGACAGUUGAUGGAGUGGUGCUCAGUUGUGACAACACUUUGAAAGCUCUUCGAGCUGGAUGUGAAGUUUUGGGUUUGUCAAAGCGUGGUUCCAAAAAGGAAUGUAUGCGUCGCAUGUUGGAGUUUGUGAAGACUCGUGAGCUCAUGGAAGCCCAUGCAGUGGAGGCUACCCUCAAAAAGGAUUCAGAACGUGUUGCAAUCCCUCAGAAGAAACCUGUUGAGCCCACGGAGUCCAUGAAACAAGCCCACAACUUGGUGCAUGUCGAAAGGCUAUCUGGUCUUCAAGUCUUGCAGGAGGACAAUUUGCCUCAUGAUGCCAAGAGCUUGAGCACACGCUUUGUGCGUACCUGGAGAGAGAAGAAGGACAAGGAAGGCAAUGCUAUCUGGUUACGUCGUAGUCGUUUGGUUGCAAGGGAGUACACAUGGUUGCAGCCUGACAGAGAAGCACUUUUCUCACCGGCUACUUCGAACAUUGCCAGCCGCAUCUUGCCCAUUUGCUUUUUGGCCCUGCGAGAGCAUCAAGACACGAUGAUGUUGGCCAUUGACGUCAAAGACGCUUUCUUGACAGUGAAGCAGGAACAGCCAACACGUGUACGUUGCACAGAUGCCUCAGGGAAAAGCGUUUCAUACAGCUUAGGUCGAGUUCUCCCGGGUCAGCGUGAUGGCAGCCUUCUGUGGCAUCGAGAUUUGGUUAAGUUUGUUGGUGAAAGCACCCUUGGAAUGGAGGAAUUUGAAGCUUAUCCAUCCAUCUUACGUUCCAAACUUGGUGAUUGCUUGCUGAUGAUUCACGUGGAUGACCUUUUGGUGGUUGGGUCACGCAAAGCAAUUACAGAACAGCUGAUCCCACACAUGCAAUCAAGGUAUGAAGUUUCCAUCGAGAUUAUGUCCAACGUUGGUGAUGAACUGACUUUUCUCAAGCGCACCCACCAACUUUUAGAAUCUGGACGCAUGGUGGUGAAGAUCCAUGGAAAGCACCUGGACCAACUUUGCAAGUUGUUGCAACUUUCAAAGCGUUUGCAGAACAAGAAAUCGCCUGGAGUGACAAUGCAGGCAACAAUUGUCACGAGCUGGAUCACCUUGCUGACCUUGUACAUGGUGUUCCUAUGGAUGUGCAAUGGACAGCAGGUGCACAACGAAGUUUUGACCAGCGCAAGCGAUGAUGAUUUGACUUCUGUGGAAAUGUCCUGCAGUGAGGCCGAGACUGAUCCUGUCUUCACGGAGGAUGGCCACUCCUAUUGUCGGGGCUGUAUUCAAGAGUGGUUCAAGGUGCAUGAAACAAGGGUGACCGAAUUCUACCGCGUGCCUGGCAACAUAGCGCCGCACAGCAGGAAGAUGCCACCCAACCUGCUGGCACCUAUGACCCAGCUUCCGCUGAGCAGCCGCACUCUGCAGCCAAAUAUUGCCUUGAAGCAGGCCGUGGAGGCAUUCUGUGAAGCUCGACCUAACGACGAGCACCGAGAGCGCGAAAGGCAAAACUUGCAGAAGGCCGUGGAGGAGGCCAAAAUGUCUGAAGGGGCUCUGAAGUCAAACUAUUCCAAGGAAGUGCGAUUGUUGAAGGGGCAAGUGGAAAAUCUGCAGGAGCAACUUGGCCAAGCCAAGAAUGAUCUGGAAACUGCCAAGGAGGAAUGCACCAAGGCGCAAGUAGACAAGUCAAGCUUUCACGACCCAUUUUUUGAGUUGGAGCUGGAAGAACUCGAUCGCGACCUUGCUCUUUGCAGUGCCGAAGAGCUGGGUAUCAUGAACUUGCCCUACACCACGGCACAACCUCCAGAGAGGCCACGUUUUGGACGACCACGUUCGCAUUCCAUGUGA